GUCUCCACCACUCCUCUGCUCACUCCCUGACGCAAAGGUCUUCUGCUGUGUCUAUUUGAGAUCUGGUCGCUACUGAUGCACAACAACAGGUCCAAGAUGUGGCUGUUUUGGGGAGUGGCCUGCUUAGUCCAACAGGCUCUGACAUCUGAAGAAUUCAGCAGUAGAAGACAUCUGAAUCCACAACAAUUUAUGACUAUUCCCGAAGUUAUCCAGUACUGGGGAUACCCCAGUGAAGAGUAUAUAAUCCUGACAGAGGAUGGCUAUUACCUGCAGGCAAACAGAAUUCCACAUGGAAGACAUAGUUCUGGGAAGACAGGGCCUAAGUCAGUUGUGUUAUUGGUACCUGGUAACCUUUGUGAAGGCAGGAGCUGGAUUUCAAAUCUUCCCAGCAAUAGUCUGGGAUUUGUUCUAGCAGAUGAUGAUUAUGAUGUUUGGAUAAUAAAUAACAGGGGGACCACCUGGUCUAGAAGACAUCAAAACUUCUCAGUAGACCAAGAAGAAUUUUGGAAUUUCAGCUUUCAUGAAAUGGCAGUUUAUGAUAUUCCAGCAGCCAUAGACUUUAUUCUGCAGAAAACUAAGCAAAAAAGCUUGUAUUAUAUUGGCCAUUCCCAGGGAGGUACAACGGGUUUUAUUGCCUUUUCAACCAUGCCACAGCUUGCUCAAAAGGUUAAACUCUUCAUGGGCCUGGCUCCUGCCUACACACUGGACGGCAUGAAAGGAGUCUUUUCCUUAAUUAUACACCUUCCUCAAGAAUUGAUAAGACUUAUAUGCGGCAAUAAAGAAUACUGCUAUUUCUUUAAUGAACUAACAGCCAUCAAUGCCAAGUGGUGCAGCUAUCCAGGGAUUGACAAACUUUGUCUACAAAUCAUGUCCUUAUUCCAAGGACGCAAUGAGAAAAACCUAAAUGUGAGUCGAGCAGAUGUGUAUCUUGGAAUUUAUCCUGAUUUUACUUCUGUAAAAAAUAUCGCACACUGGAGUCAGGUUGAUAAAACCAACCAACUUAAGUAUUUUGAUUAUGGAUCAAAGAACAAAGCUGUCUACAACAUGAGUACACCCCCAUUUUAUAAGAUAGAAGACAUUACUGUGCCAACAGCUGUGUGGAGUGGUGGGAAUGACCUUAUUGUAACCAAAAAGGAUAUUAAACGGCUGCUCCCUCGAAUCCCUCAUUUAGUUUUCUAUAAGAAUAUUCCUGAAUGGCAACAUUCAGAUUUUAUCUGGGGUCUUGAUGCACCAGACCAGUUGUUUAAGGAUGUGCUUUCUCUGAUGCAAAAGUUCAAAUAAUGUCUUAAUAUGAGGGGCAAACUAUAUAUCUGAUAUUAAUGCAGACAGAUUUUUAAAAAGUUUUACAUUUAUUGUUUUCUGUACUUAUGUUCUUCUUUUCUGUCGCAAAUAAUAUUAAAGGUUGGCUAGCAAUAACAAAAGGAUCUACGGAAGAAAAACACACAACAAAAUUGAUGGUAAAAAUCUAACAACAUG